UUAUGUUAUCUAUGUUCUAUUGUGAAUAAAAUAUUGGCUCAUGUGAUUUGAAAGUCUUUUAGUUUUCAUUUUAUUCAAAUUUAAAAAAACGUCCCAACAUUUCCGGAAUUCGGGUUGUACAGCUGUAAUUAAUUUCUGUAAUUACAUCUAUAAUUACACUGUUGACCCACCUAAAUAACAGCAAAAGUGUUUUCCAAAACAAUAUGAACACAAUAAGUACAUUGUACUUAUUUUUUGAUGUAAGUACAUAGUAGUUAAGGACACCCCAAAGAAUUGAGUAAGGACAAAUAGAUACUACUGAUAUAUUGUGAAGCCAGAAGGAAUUGUAGCUAUAUACCAUGUUACGCUAAAGCGGUAGGCUAAUAGCGUUAAAAUGGUCGCGAAAAAGCAGUGUUGCUUGAAUGCUGUGUUAGCCGAGUUCAGUGUCGGGGGUAACGCAUUACAAGUAACGCGAGUUAUGUAAUCAGAUUACUUUUUUCAAGUAACUACUAAAGUAAUAAAUUACUUUUAAAUUUACAACAAAAUAUCUAUGUUACUUUUUCAAAUAAGUCCUGUCCCCAUGUUGAGAGAAAUCUACAUUCAUUCAUUUACUUCUUCUCCUGCAUCCUAUUCUUCUGCAGUCCAGCCCUGCGUUCCAUUCGGAAGGGCUCAUCCCUAUGCCCUAAUCCCUUCAAAGGGUUUACCCUCCGGAGUGAGAGCUUUGAAGGGAUGAAGGGUGUAGGGGUCAAAAAAACUCUUUUUUUGGGAAUGCACUUCUGCGUCAUCUUAACGAGACAAUCAAGGAGGCGCCUUCGUCACACAUUUUCUACGCUAGUUGACCCCCCCAAAAAACACGCUCUGAACGAUGAGUAAAUUGUGCAAGCUGCGCCUUUUGUUUAACGUUAGUUUAUUUAUUUAUUUAUUUAUUUUUGGUUUAUCACACCAUAUUGUAUAUUGUGUCUAUGUAUUUGAAACAUUUGAAUGGACUGAUAAAGGUCACUGUAUUUUUGUUGAAGUACAAUGUCGUUUUGACCAUAAUAAUGUACCAAAUCUAACUUGUAUAAAUAUUACAGUAGUAUAGAAAAAUACUACACAUACAUUUAUAGGUAAAAUUGACUGCACCCAUUCUGUGACGCCAAACAACUUCCCUGUGCAAAGGAUCAUGGGGGCCCGAAGUGUCCAUCAGUUGUACCCUUCGAAAUCCUUCAUUCUGAAGGGCCCUUUAAAGUGGCCAGUUUUGAGCACUUCAGUUUCGACCCUUCAAUAUGGUGGCCAUGAUUGUUUUCACUCCAAAGUAACUAAUUACUUUCCAUAAAGAGUAGCAAAGCAACACAAUUAGUUACUUUUUUAGGGAGUAACGAAAUAUUAUAAUGGAUUACUUUAAGUAACUUUCCCCAACACUGGCUGAAAGGUCAUGUAGGUCGUGAGUGUUUGAGGUCUUUUGUCUUGAUGAAUAAGAGAUAAGAGAAUGUCUUCAUUUCAAAGUUUUCAAUGUCAAAAGAUGAUGUUGUGAAGUAAUUUUCAGUUGCUUUUGCUUUGGUAUAAUAACACUUGUUGGAUUGGUUCUGGUCAGAUGAAGUCUGAACACUGAAACAUAUGCAACUAAGAUUAAAUAAACCAACUCUGCUCAUUUUUACUAUCACUUCGCUUCCUGUUUUCUGCUCUUGGCUUUAUCAGUCAAGCUCUCAGGCUGAUAGAUGACUGUUUUUGUUACCAGACAAGACUUGCUGCUGACAGGUUUUAGGUCUACCGUAUAAAAACAGAUAUCUUCUGACAGGAUCCGCCAUCUGGGGUUGGAUAUUUCUGACAUGGAGACUUGAAUCGACCUAACAAUUUUUACAAGUUAACAUAACAUUUAUACAUUUUGAAGCCUAAAUAAAGUCUUUAGAUAUAAGAAGCUAACAGCAGGCUAUAAACGAACUACAGUGCACCAUGGUCGCGGAUCAACGUCACCACCACCAAGCUUCCUCAAACUUUAUUUAAAAAACAACUUCAUUUAAAAACAUGCUCGCUGAUUAUAAUCUGCGCUAUGUGUGUGAAUACUUAUCCACUUUUUCAUGAGAAAUGCUGUCCAAAUGUCCUGUUUGUCAUGAUGACGUCUAAAGUCCCUGCCAAAGGAAGUAGUCCCUUUUAGCAAUUUGUUAGCAACCACCGUUUUUAAUACACAAUAAAGGUUUAAAAAAAUCACAAGCGGGUUAUAACUGGUGUGUUUUAUGUCAUAGAUCAAAACGUGAAAAUAUUUAGAGGUUUUGUUAACCACAGACCUUAUUUCAGGCAAAAAAAAAAAAAAAACAUAGACUUCGGGGAGAUGGAACCGGAAGUCCUAAAAAAACAAAAACACAUCAUCCCUGAGGUAUAGAUCAGUGUUUUUUUGUUUGUUUUUUGAGCACUUUUAACAUCGUUUUUAUUAUUUAGUCAUUGUAUUUUACUAUAACUUCAUUUAAAUAAUUUCAUUUAUUUAAAUAACUUUUCAUUCAUCUUGCCCCCUUUUUUGUGAACCACAUGUCCAUGAACAGGCAGCAGGUGUAGAUAUAUAAAUACGUAUUAAUUACUUUAGUGAAUGUAGUGUUGUUAGAAUUAUUUUAUUUUAUUCAUGCAUAUUGUAUUCGGACCUUUAUAGAACCACAGCCCUGGAAUAAAUUUAUUCAGAAGAAAACGUUGUCCAGGCCACUUCUACGUUGGUGGCGUUGUCACGUGGAUCAUGAUACUUUUCUCAACGCUACUCAGAAUGGACAAAUCACACAGUCGUUAUGCUAAUUGAUUAAGGAAUUAAAAAAACAAAACAAAAAAACAUUUUAUUGAAAUUCCUCCCUAAUAUUUAUAUUCGUGUGUCUGUUAUAAAGUCUUAAAUUAUAGGUUUAAAUAAUAUUUUGGUAUAUAAAUGUCUUAAUUAUGACAAAACCGACAUUCGAAUGGUAAUUGGCUUUCUGAGUUAAAGGGCGCCCCCUGGAGUAAAACGAAUUUUUUAGCGGUUGUUAUUGUGUCUUACGUGUGGAAAAUUCAUUUUUACUAAGAAAUGGCGACAAGUACUAUGGUUUCAUUGCCCACCAGGGAACAGAGAAACCUGAGGUUUGGAUUGGUGUCUUUAGACAUUUUAACUGACAUUCUGUCCAACCUCAACAAGAGAAACAAAUCCAACUUGGAGAAUGUGUCAGAUCUCUGUGGAUGUCUCAAAGAAAGGAGAAUAGUGGAGUGUGUAUUUCUUCUUUGUGAUGAGCUGGGACUGAACCCUGUGGUUGGAUAUCAGGCCAUCGAAAUACUGGAGAGGUUUACGGCCAAAUAUAUUGAAGAUCUAAUCCGCAGCCAGAAAGGUCAGCCAAUGCAAGGUGCUUCAUCUGAAGACCCAGAGAACUACGAGGAUCUCAUCUUCCAAAUACUCAAGAAGAAGCUUUUUCUCUUCAUCCUCUCAAGCAUUCAGAUAGCCAGCAAACUGGACCUGUACUCGAAUGUGGUUAACAAUGAUAUCGCGAUGAGAUUUCUGCAGGCAGUCAGUUACUCUUCCUCCAAAGAGCAACUCUUGGACUCUGAGAUUCUCAUUUUAAAAACUCUCAACUUUAAUUUGAAUGUCCCAAAUCCUGUAACGUAUGUGGAGACCCUUUUGGAAGUGCUGGGCCAUAAUGAAGCGACAGUCCCUGUGGCAGAGCUGCAUCACCUGUGUGUGCAUGUGCUGCAGUUUAUUUACCUGCAGAGGGAGACAAUCUACAACUCAUUGCUCAUAUCUGCCACCGGAUGCCCCAAUCCUUCUGAAGAGCAAAGAGCCAAGUUUGUGUCGGUGACGCAGGACUUAAUGCUUCUGGGAGUUGGAGUCAUUGCUGUGGCCGCCUUCAUUCAUCAUAUCUCAACAUGGGAGAAGGUAGUGGAGGAGCUGACAGGGAUAACAGGGAUUUCAAGCCAGAGCAUCGUGGACUUUGCGUAUGUCACCCUGAUGCACAUCACCAAGACCAAAUCCAUGUGAGAAAUAUGAAGUGUGAGGAGCAGAUUAGAGCUAGAGUACAGAUAUAUGAAGACUGGUGAUGCUGUGUACACAGCAGGGACAAUAUUACUUUCUAUUUUGAUUUCUCUCAAAUUGUUGUGUUGUGAAUGAACAAUGUAAAGAUAAAACAUUAAAAACAUUAAAAUGAAA